AUGACAAUAGAUAAUAGGCUUUCUUCUAACAAUCACGUAUCAGUUAUCUGUAAGAAAAUAAAUGAUCAAUUUCACGUAAUGCUUAGAUUUCAGAAACUUAUUAAUAAGGAGACGCUAUUGAAGCUUUAUAAAGCCUUUAUUUUGCCGCAUUCUUACUACUGUUCUUCUGUUUGGCAUUUCUGUGGUGCGCGCAAUGCCGACAAAGUAGAUAAUCUAAAUAAGCGCAUUCUUAGGUUUAUACUACAGGACUACAGCUCUCCAUAUGACAUUUUACUAUGCAAAGUUAAGUUAAAAUCUCUAUUCAUUAGACGCCUCCAGAACUUCACGAUCACGUUAUAUAAGACUCUGUUCUUUACGAAUUAUCCAGGUUAUUUAAAAGAUAUGUUCAACGUACGGUCUUCAUCCUACAAUUUGCGCGGAAAUCAUAUCAUAUCCCUUCCCAAACCAAAAAACAACGACAUACGGUCUGCACUCUUUUUCAUACUUAGCUAGCAAAAUAUUGAACUCUCUCUUUAAAACAUUAAAUUUUCUAUAAUUCAAGCAGGAGAUCUUUUGAUAUGAAGCUUUUCCACAGUAGAUCUACAAGUUAUAUUUCCCUCUGCAUGCAUAAUGUUGUAUAUAGUUUAUAAAUAAUAUUGGAAUUGUAAGAUAGCAUAUUUUCAUUUUAUUUUAGCUUAUUUUUCGAAGAUAUUAGCUCUACAGCUACACUGAAUUUCGAGCAUAAAUAAAGUAUAUGUAUGUAAUGACCAGAGAUUCAGAGAAAACUAAGAAAGCUGUAAGAGAAUGGCUUAAUAAUAUCAUACGGGAAGCGAAUAAUAAAUUGGCCAGAGAGCAAAAAAAUCAGUAA